GCAGCUUUAUUUGGGUGCCCGGCAUGUUCCGGGAGGGGGGAGCACCCCCGCGCCCGGCCCCCGCGCGCACCGCGAGUAAACAGGAUACGGAGCCGGCCCCGAGGCCGCGGCGGCGGCGAGGCAGCAGCGGUGGAGGCCAGCGGCGCCUCGGGGGGACCCUCGGGCUCCGGGCGCCCCGGGGAUGCUCCCGUCCCGGUGGGCGCGCAGUGGCACCGCUGGUGGCUGCAGGGUGGCUUCGUGCCCUGGGGCUCGGGGUGGCCCCAGCGAUCCUGCCCCGCUGCCGCUGCGAUUUCCUGCCCCGCUCUCUGGCGGCGCGAGGCUCUUUCCCAACGCCGGCACUGGUGAGGCAACGCCGGGCGAUGGGGCAAGAGCCCUGCGCUGACCGCUGCCGUUUCUCCACCCCGGAGGCUGUGAUGAGGGGUCAGGAUGGUGCACGAAUCCCACCCUGUGACGUCUCUGCCCGGCCGGGAUCGCCGCUGAGCCGCACCGGGGCCGUGUGCCCGGCAUGCCGAGUGCUGCCCCCACCCUGCCACCCGCAGCAGCCCCCCGCGCCGCAGCGGGCACCUAGGCCCCCCCCCGAGCAUCCCACCCAUCAUGGCACUGGAGCUGGAGGUGGAGGCACUGCUGGACCUCAGCUUCCUGACGGAGCAGGAGCGGCGGGCCAUCGCCGAGGUGCUGCGCAGGGACACGCAGCUGCGCCGGCGCGAGGAGGGACGCGUCAGCAAGCUCCGCAAGUCGGUCUCGGACCCAGCGCGGCUCAAGAGCCUCACGGGCGACUGGUUCUGCGACGUCCGCGCCCAGCGGCACCGGCACCCGCUGGGCUCCGACCUCGUCCGCGCCUCCAUCCGCCGCAGGAGGCGGCCGCGGGCAGGGGAAAAGGAGCACGGCCCCGGCCCGGGGGAGCUGGAGGAGAUCGGCGAGCCCUCGGCGGAGGAGCGGGAGGGUGAGGACAGCGCGGCGGAGCCAGAGCAGAGCCCCUCGAAGGAUGAGGCCCUGGUGGCCACACAGGCCCAGCCCGUCUUCCCCACCAAACAGCCCGGCAAUGCCCGCCCCGCCGCCCCGGUGCUGGAGAGCCUGCCAGCGGCACAGGCUGACGGCCCGUCGAGGGAGCAGGACGUCCCGCUCCCACCAGGCGACCGAGUGGCUGGGAACCCCUUCGGCACGUCCAGCGCGGAGGAGGAGGAGGAAGAGCCCGACGGCGUGCCCAGUGCUCCCGACGCCGGGCAGGCGCCGGGGACCCCGCAGCCGGGGCAGGCGUCCCCGGACCGGGCGUCCCCGCACAACGGCCACGCGCCGCCGGGCAGCCUGCUGACGGCCAGCUCCUCCGUGUCCAGUCUCAGCUCCUCCACGCUCAGCGGCAGCCUGAUGAGCCUGUACAGCGACGGCGAGCUGGGCGGGGUGGCCGUGCGGGGCUGCGUCCAGUUCGCCCUGCGCUACGACCCGGCCCGGGAGGAGCUGCACGUCCACGUGCUGCGGUGCCGCGAGCUGGCCGAGGCCAAGAAGCAGCGCUCGGACCCGUACAUCAAGACCUACCUGCUCCCCGACAAGUCGAACCGCAGCAAGCGCAAGACCACAGUGCGCAAGCGGAGCCUGGACCCCGUCUUCAACGAGACCCUCAAGUACAAGCUGGAGAAGACAGACCUGCAGGGCCGGACCCUGAACCUGUCCGUGUGGCACCACGACAGCCUGGGCAGGAACCUCUUCCUGGGCGAGGUGGAGAUCGCGCUGGGCGCCUGGGACUGGGCCAACACGCGGCCCGAGUGGUUCAACCUCCAGCCCCGGACGCCCAUCUGCCCGGACGAUCUCGCCAGCCGGGGCAACCUCAACUUGGCGCUGAAGUUCAUCCCUGCCGGCUCCGAAGGCGCGGGGCUGCCGCCCACGGGCGAGCUGCACAUCUGGGUGAAGGAUGCCCAGAGCCUCGUGCCCCCGCACCGCGGCACCGUGGACGCCUUCGUGCAGUGCUACGUGCUGCCCGACGACAGCAAGGCGAGCCGGCAGAAGACGCGGGUGGUGAAGCGGAGCCUGAACCCCCUCUUCAACCACACCAUGGUGUACGACGGCUUCCAGGGCAAGGACCUGGCGGAGGCCUGCGCCGAGUUCACCCUCUGGCACCGCGACGCCUUCUCCAAGCGCCAGCUGGGCGGCAUCCGGCUCAGCCUGGGCACCGGGAGCAGCUACGGGCUGCCCGUGGCCUGGAUGGACUCGACGGCGGAGGAGCGCGGCGUCUGGCAGCGCCUGCUGCGGCAGCCCGGCCGCUGGGUCGAAGCGCUGCUGCCCCUGCGCACCGACCUCGCGCCCCGGGCGUAGCGGGACUGCGGCACCCCGGGAGCCAGGCGAGGCGCGGGUGCGGGGCAGAGCGGGGGUCCGCGCCCCCCCUCCAUUUCUGCUGCAAUGAAGGGGCACCCGAA